AUGAUGCAGUGUUUUCCCGGGGGUUUUGUCUGGUUUUGUCUGGUGAAUGUCUCGGCGCUCCAGGUGCAGAUUAUCCCGACACAGGGCGAGAUCAGCCUGGGGGACUCCAAGUUCUUCAUCUGCGAAGUGGUGGGAGAUGCCAAAGACAUCGACUGGUUCAAUCCUCAGGGAGAGAAGAUCGUCCCGGACAACCCCAACAUCUUUGUGAGCCGCAACGAUGAGUCCACCUCCACCCUGACCAUCUACCACGCCACGGUGGACAACGCCGGCAUCUACAAGUGCAUGGCCAGGGCCCCGGGGCAGGAGGCCGAGGCCACCGUCCAAGUCAAGAUCUUUCAAAAGAUCACCUUCAAGAACGCCCCGAGCCCGCAAGAGUUCAACGAAGGAGACGACGCAGACCUGGUGUGUGACGUGGUGAGCUCGCCCCCUGCAGACAUCGUGUGGAAGUACAAGUCAGACAUCAUCAAGACCGCCAAAGACGUGCGAUUCAAAGUGUUGGAGAACGGACACUUGCUGAUCCGCGGCAUAAAGAAGGCGGACGAGGGUCUGUACAGCUGUGAGGCUCGGGUCAUUUCCAGAGGAGAGCUGGACUUCAGGCACAUCAAAGUGGUCAUCAACGUCCUGCCCACCCUUCGCCCACGCCAGUCUGAGGUGAACGCUACAGCUGAGGAGGGAGGCACGGCGCUGCUGGCCUGUGACGCUGACGGCUUCCCUGAACCCACCGUCAGCUGGACACAUAACAACGUGGUCCUCGUGAGCGGAGAGAAGUACGACGUGAGUGACGACGGCUCGGAGCUGCUGAUCCGAGACAUGAAGAAGGUGGACGAGGGGGAGUACACGUGUAUCGCCCGCAACAAGGCUGGAGAGCAGUCCCAAGAAGUCAGCCUCAGAGUCUUCGUGCCACCAAAGAUCACGUUCCUGAACGACCAGAGCGCCUCAGAGUUCGACGACCUGGUGACGCUGACCUGCGAGGCCUCCGGAGACCCCACCCCCAGCAUCCUGUGGAGCUUCGAGCAGAGGAUCUUCACCGAGGGGGAGCAGGCUUCUUGGACGCGCCCUGACAAAUACGAGGUAUGGCUACUAAACACCGUAGCCGCACUAGCAGAACGGUAG